CCUGACUCAGGCCCGGAACUGGCUGCGGGCAGUGUGAACUCACCCCGCAGCCGGAGGCACUCGAGGCUGCCCCUACCUUUUGCGCUUUGCGGCUAGUUGUGAGGCAGUCACACGUUGCUGUUUCCUGACACUAAAAACCGGAGAAAAGGGACGGAAAACAAUUUUCUAGAUCCCGACAACUAACUUCCCGGCAUUACUGACAGCCAGGCGUGCUCCAAGUGCGCAAGCGCCGCAGCGGGCCGCGCUCCGGAGUCGAGAGGGGAAGCGUGGCCGGGGUGCCAGGGGCAGGUCCUGUGCUGCGGUUCCGGGGCGGAGCCGGGAGGGGGAGGCAGUCCCGCAGUCGCGGCGGCAGCAAUGGCGAUUUUCAGUGUGUUUGUGGUGAACAAAGCUGGAGGCCUCAUUUACCAGUUGGACAGCUACGCGCCACGGGCCGAGGCUGAGAAAACUUUCAGUUACCCGCUUGAUCUGCUGCUCAAACUGCAUGACGAGCGUGUGCUGGUUGCCUUCGGCCAGCGCGACGGCAUCCGGGUGGGCCACGCAGUGCUGGCCAUCAAUGGUGUGGACGUGAGCGGCAAGUACACUGCCGAUGGGAAAGAGGUGCUGGAGUACCUGGGCAACCCUGCUAACUACCCGGUGUCCAUUCGAUUCGGCCGGCCUCGCCUCACCUCCAAUGAGAAGCUCAUGCUGGCCUCCAUGUUCCACUCGCUGUUCGCAAUCGGCUCCCAGCUGUCUCCUGAACAGGGCAGCUCAGGCAUUGAGAUGCUGGAGACAGACACAUUCAAACUGCACUGCUUCCAGACAUUGACAGGGAUAAAGUUUGUGGUGCUGGCGGAUCCUAGGCAGGCUGGGAUAGAUUCUCUUCUCCGAAAGAUUUAUGAGAUUUACUCAGACUUUGCCCUGAAGAAUCCAUUUUACUCCCUGGAAAUGCCCAUCAGGUGUGAGCUGUUUGACCAGAACCUGAAGUUAGCCCUGGAGGUGGCAGAGAAGGCUGGAACUUUUGGACCUGGGUCUUAGGCUGAACCUGCAGUGGACGCCCCCCCCCCCCACUCCCCGCAUAUUCUUGAGAGAUCCUGCAACAGGGGUCCUGCUGUUUCCACUCCGAUGGAGAUCCCAGCGGCAUUUGUUAGUGCACUUGAAAAUGGGAGGUUGCUGAGCCUGAUGACAUGUACUGAUGCCCGAGCCUUAAUACCAUGCUCUCUUUCCUCCUGUAUCUAUCAUGGUCCUACUUCCCAACUCUACAGAUUAUUUAUGGAGGAGGUAGGCCCAUAAAUGCUAUAAUAAACAUUCCUUUGAUCUCA